CUGCGCAAGGAGGACUUUGCGCGGGUGCUGGACGUCAACCUGCUGGGGCUGGUGGACGUGACGCUGGCCAUGCUGCCCAUGGUGCGGCGCGUGCGGGGCCGCGUCGUCAACGUCUCCAGUGUCAUGGGCCGCGUCGCCUGCGUCGGCGGUGGCUACUGCCCCUCCAAGUACGGCGUGGAGGCCUUCUCGGACAGCCUGCGGCUGGACAUGCGGCCCUUCGGCGUCAAGGUGUGCGUCAUCGAGCCCGGCUUCUUCCGCACGCCGCUCACCGACCCGCACGGGCUGCAGCUCCACGUGCGCGACGCCUGGGAGCGGCUGCCCGAGGAGACGCGGGCGGCUUACGGCGACGGCUUCUUCCGCAGCCUGCUCCGCUCCCUGCAGGAGCUCCCCACGUCCUGCAGCGCCGACCUCUCCCUGGUCACGGACUGCACGGAGCACGCGCUGACCAGCCRCCACCCGCGGCACCGCUACGCGGCCGGCUGGGACGCCCGGCUGCUCUACCUGCCGCUCAGCUACCUGCCCUCGGCCUGGCAGGACUGGCUGCUCAGCCGCUCCUACCCGCGGCCCGCGCGCCCGGCGCUCUAGGUGCCCGCGAGCCCCCAAGGGCGGCUCCUUGGGCUCCUUCAGCGCUGGGGCCCGGUUCUGUCCCCACGCUGGAUGUUGGGGUUCGAUGGGUGAAUAAA